AUCCGCCUCCUUCCCUCCCUGCCGGCUCAGGGAGACCAAGCGGCCGAGCGCUGCUCCGACACCCUCGCCAGCCCCCGGCCCGGCCUAGUUGAUUAACCGCAGCGCCGAAAUUGCCUACCUCUCGCUCUGGGCCCCUGCUUCAGAGGAGAGGAAUUUCCCUCAGCUUCAUCUCAUCCCUUCCUCCUCCUUCCUCUUCAUCUCUCCGUUAUUCCCUCCCUCCUCUUCUGACCCAGCGCGCCCAUUUUCUCGCUCGGCUUUUCCUCCGUUCGCAUCCCUCACCAUGAGGCUGAAGGGCCGGGGAUGCUGCUCCCCGGGCGGGAGCAGCGGAGGAGGCGGCGGCGGGGAGGAGGAGAAGCAGCCACAGCAGCCGCCCGGGCCGGCCCCUCCGCCAGUGCGGAGCCCCUUCGUGCAGCACCUGCGCUUCAGCGCCCUGCAGAAAGCCAAGAUUGCCUUCAUGACGCUGACCCUGUUCCCCAUCCGGCUGUUUUUUGCUGCUUUCAUGAUGUUGCUGGCCUGGCCUUUUGCAUUCAUCGCAUCCAUGGGACCUGUUGACAGAGAAAUAGAAAAUCCCCACUCCUGGUGGCGAAAGUUUGUGAAUGUCAUGCUGAAGGCCAUCAUGAGGACCAUGUGGCUUGCUGGGGGAUUCCACUGGGUAAAUGUGAAGGGCAGGCAGGCCUUGCCCACUGAAGCAGCAAUAUUGACUCUGGCUCCACAUUCCUCGUACUUUGAUGCUAUACCCGUAACAAUGACCAUGGCCUCCAUUGUUAUGAAAGCAGAAAGCAAAGAUAUUCCUGUCUGGGGAACUCUAAUCAAAUACAUUCGACCCGUGUUUGUAUCUCGAUCAGAUCAGGAUUCCCGCAGGAAAACAGUUGAGGAGAUCAGACGGCGGGCUCAGUCAAAUGGCAAAUGGCCACAGAUUAUGAUAUUCCCAGAAGGAACAUGCACUAAUCGAUCCUGCCUAAUUACCUUCAAGCCUGGAGCAUUUAUCCCUGGAGUGCCUGUCCAGCCUGUGAUUUUACGUUAUCCAAACAAACUGGAUACAAUUACGUGGACAUGGCAGGGUCCAGGAGCGUUGAAAAUUCUGUGGCUUACUUUAUGUCAGUUUCAUAAUUUUGUGGAAAUAGAGUUCCUGCCUGUGUAUAUACCCUCUGAAGAAGAAAAGAGAAACCCAUCUCUGUAUGCAAAUAACGUGAGACGCGUCAUGGCACAGGCUUUGGGGGUUCCAGUAACGGACUACACUUUUGAAGAUUGCCAGCUAGCUUUGGCCGAAGGACAACUUCGUCUCCCUUCAGACACCUGCCUCUUAGAAUUUGCAAAGCUUGUGAGAAGCCUUGGAUUAAAGCCAGAGAAGCUUGAAAGAGAGCUGGAUGCAUAUUCAGGAAAUACCAAGAGAAUGAAAGACAAAAGGGUCAGUCUCAAGGAGUUUGCAGAAUACCUAGAAGUCCCAGUUUCUGACACAUUAGAAAACAUGUUUGCACUUUUUGAUGAGAAGGAAGGUGGUCUGAUUGACUUAAGAGAAUAUGUCAUUGCUUUGUCAGUAGUCUGUCGGCCAUCCAAAACCUUGCAAACGAUACAGCUGGCUUUUAAGAUGUAUCAGUCAGAAACUGGAGCUCUAACAAAAGAAGAUUUAACUUGCAUUUUAAAGACUGCCAUGGGUGUUUCACAUCUUAAUGUGUCAACCCUUUUUAGAGCUAUAGAUGUCAUCGAAAGGGGGGAAAUUACAUACGAGGAUUUCCACAAGUUUGCUGAAAUGUAUCCAAACUUUGCUGAGGAGUAUUUAUAUCCUGAUCAAAUGGAGACUGAUAACUCUCCUGCUCCUAACGGUUUCUGUACAGACUUCAGCCCAGAAGCUUCUGAAGACAGAAGAAAUCACCCACAGAAGAAACUGAAUUAAUGUUAACAAUUCCAGCGUCCUCUUCUGGUGAGAGGAGUGUGUCCUGUCUUGGGCUCGUCAUAGUCACACAACUAUGUAAUCUGAAGUAUGUGAGGGGUGUGUGAGACAGAGAAGUGUGUGUGUGUGUGUGUGAGUGAGAGAGAGAGAGAGAGAGGAUUUUGCUGCAUUAAUGAGCAUCUUCAGACUUCGUGUUUGGAAGAUCUUGGUUUUUUCCAUCAGCAUCUUGGAAAGUAAAGAAUGUAAAUGAACUUUUUAUUUGUGUACUUAAAAGGAAGAUGCUUGCAUAUUUAUAUUCCAUUGUUUAGUUCCAUGUACAAAGUGUCCUACAAAGUGUGCAUGUGUAAAGAAUACUGUAGCUCCUAUGGUGUUAAGUGCACUUUGGUGAUUAGUGUUAUUCCUGUUUAGGGAAUUGUUUGGGUUCAAGUUCCGCUUUCCUUCUUCAUGUGAAGACACAGCUAUUUACUGCUGACUGUGGUCACUGGUCUUCUGAACAAGGCUAGCUCAAUUUAGCCCUUUUGUUUUCAUUUCAGUAAACAGUCAAAGGAAGAAAAGUAUGCAAAAAUAUUUUUAACUAAGGAAUUUUUAAAAUUAUUUUUCUUGUAAGAGGACUUUUUUGCCAUUCAGUUCAUGGUAGUAUUAAAAAUGGAAAGGGUGCGGUUGUUCCCUGGGUUGUGUGCAUUCUGUGCUAAAAACAUGAAAAAAAUCUGCACCAAGUAACAAAAAAUUCAAAGAAAGCUGAAUUUCAAGGUUUAUAUAAACUAGAUAGACUUCCACAUGAUAUAUAGUUCUGCUUUUCCUGAAUGUGGGCAAUGACCAAAUAAUAAAAACAAAUGAGGCAGGUGUGAGAGACACUGAGGCCCAGUGUGAUGUAGUACUUGAGAGUGUUAGCCUAGCGCCAGGAAGACCUGAGUUUGAAUCCUGGGUUAGUCACAAAGCUCACCAGUUUACCUAGGGCCUGUCACACUCUCAGCCACACCUGCUUCACAAGGUUGUUGUGAAGAUGACAUGGACAGGAAGGAACCCUUGAGUUCCUUGGAAAGAAUGGUGGGAUACAAAUUGCCCCUGACCUCUGGAAAGUCAUAUUAUUCCCACUAUAAAAAGCUGCUGAGAUUUCAUAGCCCACAUACUUUCACAUUUAUCUUCACAGCUUAAGGGCCAGAAAUGUUCAUUAAAAAGAAAAAAAAGAAAGCUAAAAUUCUCAGGAUGCUGAAUACUGCCCUAAAUUCAAACUUAUUUAAUUAUUGGGUAUGAACACAGAACACACACAGCCCUGGUCAUAUUCCUGCCUUUUCUGUUGUAUUUCACUUAGGGUUUUCUAGCAGGGGAUAAUUAAACAAGGUACAUUUUAAAAAAGCUUCAAUGGAUUUGGCUUUUUGCACAAAAACAACACAAUGCAUAAUGGAGACUGAACAGGCAUAAAAUAAACUAUUUUUAACACCAGAAGGCCAUCCGUUCUUGUGAACUGCCCUGAGACCUGUGGGUAUAGGGAAGUACACAAAUUUAAUAAAUAAUAAUAAAAUAGUCCCUCAUUUCAUUAUCAGAAAGAACGGCUGGUGACAUCUGACUCCAUAUUUUUUUUACUAUCCCUGCCUUAGUAACUUUUUCACUGCAAUACGCUUUUCAAAUCAAUGCACUGCCUCAAAUGGUCACAAAACCUCAUUGUUCUAAAAUGUGUUCUCCUAUAGUCCAUAGCUUUUCUACAGUUAAAAACUGGACAUUAAUUUUAAAAGAUAUGGCAUAAAUUACUGUAUUACAUCAGCUUUCUAACCCCCUUUUUAAUGUAUACAGAGAUCAAAACGAAGAGGACAAAUGCACCUGGAGGCGUUUUAUCUAUGAAUCUGCUUCCUUCCAAAAUGCUGUUGGGAUCCCAUAAUUCCGAGCAACUAUUUAGGUUGUUACAGGUUUGGAAGAGAAUUUUCUCCUCCUCAAAUCAAGAAAUUGCACACAUAGUUUCAAUGAGACUUGCCAUUAUGUCAGUAAAUGUUCCACUGGUACUCAUCUGAACGGUGAUUCUCCGUGGCCUGAGAACGGUCAAGGGCUCCAUCUUGGGAACAAAGAUAGGAGCAGAACUUCAGAGAAGUAGACAGCAGCUCCCACAAUCCAGUUUGCAAACUUGUGUUGUCAUUAAAAAACGGCAGAAUCCUUGGUCUGCAUCAAAGUAGCCUCAAGUUGAAGCAUUGAAACUUGAUCAAAAGUGUAUAACCUGAAGACAUUGUGCCCUAUCUGAAAUAGGGCUGAGCAAAGAAGUGGGGGAUUUUUGCUUGCUUCUCCUCACUGUAGUACUGCUUUCUGGACCCCUAAAGCUACAUCAAACUACAGGGAAGUGAAUCAGCUUUCUUUUGCUACAAAGCAGUCCACAAUUUAAUUUCCUUUGCCGUUGCAAACACACAUGCAUGCCGAAAUUAUACAGGUCUAAUUUCAAAUGUGUGAGCUUCCUUUUACAUCUCAUUUAUUCAAAUGUCAAUCAUGUUGUCUGAGAAUGCAGCAUUUAUUUCUGGCUUUCCAGCAGGAAAAGUCUUUAGGGUUGAAAAGUCUGCUUGGUGAAGGCAGGGCACAAAGUGCUGGAUAGCAAAUGGAUGCUCAUUGUUGCUUUCACCAACGACCAGUGGGCUUGAACGUGCUAAUCCUAGCAUUGCACACCCUACCACUGAAGGCUUGCAUCCAAAGUAAUUGCCAGUCGCUUUGGCAGGUCUUUGAAGGGAGACCUGUACUUUUGAAUCCAGGGUCCACCCAACACAUGGCCAGCAGAAGACAGCAAGGAAUGUGCACAGGAACAUGUCUGUUAUAGGCUGUUGUCCACUGGAACAAGAGAAGUGCUAAUUGAAAGCGGUGAUAGUGGUGUUUGGCCCAGACUCUGAUUUGAGCCACUGGCAUGCAGAGGUCAAGGACUUCUUCUAGGAACAUAACACCUGCCUUUUGGAAAGAGGCCAGAACCUAGGCCAGAACCUUGAUCUUCAAAAUGUAGUCUAGAGAGAGCAACAUCAUACCUGUUGAGGUUUCAAGAAACAUUCCAAGAUGGACCAGCUGUCGAGUCAGAGACAGGUGAUUCUUGCCUAGGUUUACAAGGAAUCCCUGGGUCUCCAACCAAGGAGGAGUCAAAGCCAUGUCACAAUGGGCCCAAGUCAGAGUGGUACAGCAAAUAAGGAGAUUGCCCUGGAAAUAGAGGUGAGCCACCAGAGCAACCAUACUCUGUGUGGAGCUCUGAGGUGCUGUAGCCAAGUAGAAAGGAAGGACCCAGUAUUGAAGAUGGUUCUGGUCAAAUGAAAACUACAAGUACUUCCUGUGACAGCAGUGAAUGGAGAUGUGCAACUAUGUUUCCUGAAAUCUAUGGGCACUAAGAAAUACAGUGUUGGAUAAAAUAUUAGGUGGAGGCCAGAGAUUGCACCCAUAACUUCUUGUAAGCGACCCACUGGUUCAGGAACUUGAAAUCUAGCAAAGUCAUCCAGGACUAGCCAUCCUUCUUUGGCAGCACAAUGAAUAUUGAAAAGGGUGGGAGACCUUAUUUGUUCUGAGCCAACAUGGGCAGUUGGGCAGGACUUCUCACCUGUCAGUCACGCAUCAUUGUGAUGUCACGUAAUUGACAGUGUCCUGCCCACUUGUCAAAAUUAUUAUGCAGGGAUUAUGGAAGUGAUGAGCAGGGGAGGAAGAAAGGGUUGUUUUGCAAGCAAAGGCAAUGCAGGAGACUUCUCCUGAGCUCUGUCUUUGCUUGCAAAUCAUACUUUUCUCCUCCCCCCUACAGGGGAAGGGGAGAAAGUUGCAUUUUGCAGCAAAGACAGGAUUGCAGGAGAAGUAUUUAGCUGCAAUAGGGAUGAAGGGAGAAAGAAACUGUGUGAGAGAAAAACCUUCUAAACUGCACCAGAAAAGAUGGAAAGAAUGGCAAAGGUGGCUGGGGAGGAAAUAAAGAGACAAGAUAAUGAAGAAAGGAAGAAGAAACCAAUGAAUUAUAAUCCUGGGGAGAAUAAAUGAAUGGGAGCUCUAAGGAACGCAUGCUGCUUCAACAAAGGUCGGAGCAAAUGAGAUUGUUAGAGGUGCCUGCUUCUACCAAGUUCUUGCUCCUACUAUUCCCCACCAGAUGGAACUGUUUCCCAAGCUGUGAUCUCAGGUCAUGGAAGAAUCUCCUGGCUUUUCAUUGAUCCAUCUUAUCUCCCACAAAACUUAUCACUCUCUGAUCUUGCCUUUCAUAUGCCUGACUGCACAUCCAGCUGCCACAUAUUUCCUCAUCCUCCACUCUGGGUGCUUCCAAACUAGGGUUAACUCUAGAAUUGCCUCUUUUUGCCCACUUGCUUUUUAUCAGGCACCUGCCAUUAAAAUGGUCAUGCUACCUUUUCUGUACUUACUCCAUUUCCCUUUUUGGAGCUCACAAAAUCCAACUUUUGGUGGGGAAGGAACAAAACAGCAGAGCAAUCUCUAGCCUUAGAAUACCUUUGUAUUUUAUUAAAUUGUAUACCACCCUUCCUCCAUAGAUCUCAGAGCAGUUACCGUCAGUUAGGUUACCGUCACAUCAUGUGGGGACACCUUCAGUGUUACUUUCCCAGUUGGUGCCAUUUUAACAACACAGUUGUUGUUUUUACUCUUUUAUUUUGGUGCAGUCUUUUGCUUUCAAGCAUUUUAAUGCAUUUGUAAAUUAUGUGUUUAGGUCCAUUGCUACAACUCCCCUCAGAAGGCUGUUGUGAUGUUCACAGUUGUGGGCAGCACAUAGCAGGGUACACACAUAGAACCAUAGAAUUCUAGAGGUGGAAGGGACCCUGAGGGUCAUCCAUUCCAACCCCCUGCAAUGCAGGAAUAUGCAGCUGUCCCAUACAGGGAUCAAACCUGCAACCUUGGUGUUAUCAGCACCAUGCUCUAACCAACUGAGCUAUCCAUGCAAACUUUUCUGCCCCUUAAAGUAUAGGAACCUUGGGGCAAUGCUGCAUGUAGAAAAGCAGUGAUUGAACAAUGCCAAAAGUAAACGCUAGCGGUGUGAAAGCUCCCAUUGUGCCGUGUAAUUUCUGACUAAUAUACAACAUGCACCAUAUGCAAUGCUAUGGGAGAAUGCCCUUUGCCUGUGAAUGACUAGAGCAGAUAUUUGUCUUAUCUCAGUGGCAAUACCAUGAAGAAUAGAAACAUCACCAUCAUCGUAUUUUUAAAAUAUUAAUUUCAGUCUGAAGAGAUACCGGUAUCAGACUUCUGGUUUAUUUACAUGCCUGCUCAGUUCAGAGACUAAAUUUCCUAUUAGUUGUGGGUAGAGAUAACAGAGCCUAUACGAAGCCUAAACAUUGUGCAAAUGGCCCUAUUGAAGCUGGUGGGGUGGUGUAUUUCAAAAUUGGGACCAAAGAACCAUGGACACUUUUGUUGUUAAGAGCUGUUAUGAUCACUUCAGUCCAGCUGCUGCUAGUGGGAACAGCUUUCGAUACAUUUCAGCUUGUUUGUGGGAUAAUGACCAUAAUAUAGAGUCCUACUUCAGUAAGUUAAGUGUCAACAGCAUUUUUAUACUGCCUACUGUCAUUUAAAUGAAUUUUAAUGUGGGGAUAUUUUUUUCACAACUUUCAGAAGCAUAAAGGUUUUUACAUAGAGUAACGCCAGGAGCUGUUGUGCUAUCAGGUUAGGUGUUUUUUUAGUUUCGUUUUUGUUUGUUUCGUUUUGCUAUUGAUCCUCUUCUGAAGAAUUGCUUUAACCUCAGCAAUCUCCAGGUCUUGCAAGGCAUGUGGAGAAGUAGGUGCUGUAGAGAACAAGAACAAAAUAACCCUGUAAUCCUCCUCAUGGAAUGCCUUUAGAACUUUCACAGGUAAAUUCCAUAUAGAGUCUGGAAUGUGUAGUAUCUUUUAUCUGAAAAUUAGGUGGGUAAAAUGGGAUUAGGAAAAAGGCAGACAAAGGCUAUUUUCAAUAGGUUCCCUAUGCAAUUAGCCCUGGAAUGAUGCCUAUUCUCCCGUCUUUCCCACUUUGCCAAAUUUAUAUAGGAAUAUGACAGCAUGUGUAAUCAUUUGCGUAAAUUUAUCUUCGUACGAUCUCAGCCAAUGUGUUACAUGUGAAUUUGGGUCAAGUGAGUUGCAUUAGAUCCCAUUUCUUGAAUUUGAAGGAUUAGAUUGCAGUGUUUGAGGCUCCCAUUGUUCUAGGUGCAUUUUGCAAUGGGGAAUUUCAUUUGCACAAGCAGUUUCUGAGCUCUGGGCACAUGCACCUGAGAUUUUAGAUUAAAACUGCAGAGUAGAAGGAAAGGAGGUCCUUUUUCUGCCUUCCCACUCUAUGAAAACUGGAGAAGAGACUUUCUUAAGAAUAUCAGGGAGGUGGGCAGGGGAAGGACUAGACCAUAUGAAAAGCUAACAUAUUUUAGCUGCAGUUCAUUCAUUUUCAGCUUUGUAUUCUUGUUAUUAAAAAGUGCACCUAGACAUUCCGCUGUUGUGCCCAUAACGUAGGUCAGGCGUCAGCAACGUUUUCCGGCUGUGGGCCGGAUCAUUCCCAUGGACGAUUGUCCGUGGGCCGGACAUGCACCGGACAUGCGCAGAAGCGAUUCCGUUGCCCACGCUGUCCAUGUCCAAAAUGUCUGCAGUGCCAGAAAUCACUUCUGCGGCUGCACAGACGCAAUUUCUGGCGCCACUCGGCGAGUCACUGUGCCGCACUGGUAUAGCGCAGUGCACAGGGGACUUACCGAGCGGGUGGCUCGGUUCACGGGCGGUCUGUGGGCCAGAUAAAUGGCCUCCGUGGGCCGCAUCCGGCCCAUGGGCCGGACGUUGCCGACCUAUAUCCUAGGUUUAAGGUGCCAUUUAGUUCCUAGCUUUCAUAUCUUAGUUUCUAACACUUCUUAGAUUGCCUCCUGAAAGCAACAAGCUUCAGGUUUUAGGGGGGGAAACCUCAGAAUUCUAGCUACCCUGAGAGUGGGGGGUGAUUCCUUGGUAAUAGUGUUCUCUGAAGUGUUGAUCCUUAGGUAGCCAAAUUAGCACCAUCCAAGCACAAGAUGGGAGGGUUGUGGGAAUAAAAGCAACAGGAACCUAAAGUACGGUAUAGCAUCCUUACUGCAUUUGUGGUGGAACAGAAAAUUGGAGUGGGUGGGAUAGAGUUUAGGAGAAAGUGUUGGUGGCAGAAACCCUGAAAAGGAACAUUCCAUCCUGCAAUGUUUUUUCAGAGUUCCAGCUCAUACCAUAGUUUAAAAGUCUGUAAUAAGCUGCCAGUGCCAUUCUUCAGCGACACACUUUAUCUCAUUCCUUCUCCCUCCCUCCCAAAUCUCCUGUUCGCUUCCCUUGGUUCUCUCCUCCAAAGGUCUGCUGGUUAAGCUGUUGGGUUUUUUUCCUUUGCCUUUGGUUUAGUUUUAAAAAGCAUCAAGGCUCAGGCUUGCGUGGGAACCACCCAUUCUGAUCUGGAAGGUUGUUGCCUUCAUACCUUGUGUGAGAUCUGGUUAUGCUUGCUCUCUUAAUUACCGUAUUCCUUCAAAUGUCUGUCUUUGAAUAAAAGCUCUCAAAGCUGACACCUGGUAAGCUCCGGCUAAAAUUAAGCAGAGCCCAGAGAAAGAGCCUUUGGGUUAAACAAUGAGGGGCUGACAUGGUAAAAAAAGGCGUUUUGCAGGGAAGUUACAAGCUGGAAUGUUUUGUGUUUGUGAUGCUUAAACCAUGUUCUAGCACAGGCAUAGGCAAACUCAGCCCUCCAGGUGUUUUGGGAGUACAACUCCCAUCAUCCCUACCUAACAGGACCAGUGGUCAGGGAUGAUAGGAGUUGUAGUCCCAAAACAUCUGGAGGGCCGAAUUUGCCUAUGCCUGAGCCUGGGUGAGCCUAAGCGAAGUCUCAAGCUCACACACUCUCCUUUCCUCUUCCUCUCACAUGGCUGGGAGAACAACUUCUGCUUUCAGUGUUCUGGUGCGUCAUGAUGUGAUUUAAAGGAUUUAACUCUGGAUAAGUUAAGCCAGCUAGCAUCAUAAACAUGGUUUGAAGUUAACUUGGACUUAAGCCACAAUUCCCAGUUCAUGCAUAACAACAAGCCCAGCAUUUGUGGAAACAGAACUAAGCAUGGCAAAAGUUCCCUUGCCUGAGCCAGGAUGAGUGCUGGGCUUGUGAACCAAUGUGCAUAGUGCUAAUUGUAACUUAGUUUUUGGCUUUCUGUUUUAAAGGGGCACAAACCUAGAUAGCUGGAGCUUUGUUUAGGUUGUGUGGAGUCAUGCAGUCCUGAUCUGUCCAACCUUGGCAGGUGCAAGUUUAACAGUGGAAUAGAAUUCAUUGGCUCCUUUGAGGCACCAGAGGAGCUUCCAAGUGUGGCUGACAUUUAAAAACACUCCUUUCCAUGCAAAGCUAUAGUGAAAUGGUAACCGAGACACAACUGAUCAUGUUUACAUAGCCUCAUUUAUUCUAAAUAAAAUAAAAAUAAAAUGCCCAUAUAACAAGCAUACAACAUGACCACUUCUUCAUGUGUUAUAUGUUUUCCCCAUGAUCAAAGCGUAGUCCUAAUAAAUUACUACAGUACUUUGCUUUGCAGUAGCACAGAAGACUUGCUGUAUCUGGAGUCAGAGGUAUCCAAAUAUGGGAAGUUAAGGUAAAAUUGUGCAAUACAGCUGUCUGCAAAAUUAAUUUGAGGCCUAACUUUCUGUAAUUUUAUUGAUGAAAUCACCAGUGUGGUUUAUCAAAGGAAUCUCAGUGUGCCUCUUCUAUUUCAGAUUGGGGGGAAACCGAUAAGGACAAAUAAUUAGAGCAGGCAUCCCCAAACUCGGCCCUCCAGAUGUUUUGGGACUACAACUCCCAUCAUCCCUGACCACUGGUGCUGUUAGCUACGGAUGAUGGGAGUUGUAGUCCCAAAACAUCUGGAGGGCUGAGUUUGGGGGUGCCUGAAUUACAUGAAUAAGGCAAAAUAUAUUGCAUCAACAUUUUCCAAUUAUCACAACUGAAUUAUCUAAUUGCAAGGUUACAGAGCAAAGUUACUGUGGCAUCAAUUUCUCAAACAUGACAAUAUCUAUUUUACUUCUCUGUAUUAAACAUAGAUGUUGUAAGAACACUUUAUUUUCAGAUCAAAUCCAUAAUCGGAUGCUUCCCCACUCAAGCCUCUUGCUAAGAACAUUAUCAAACCAAUUUAGGUAAACAAAUUUAGGGGAGAUUAUCU